AGAGAGAGAGAGAGAGAGAGAGAGAGAGAGAGAGACUGGGAGAGAGAGAGAGAGUGCACACACAUGUUUAGUUUGGCUUGAGAAAGGAGAUGAAUAUUGACACGGCAAAGGACAUUUGAUUUAGUGCAGUGGAAAGCAAGUUACAAAGAACAGGAAAAGAAAACAAGUAGAACCUUCCAGUGAAAAUCUCCACCCAUUCGCUGUACAUGUACAGGCAUGUGUAUUGAAAUCAUUGCCAUCGUAUUAUGUGAUAGCUAGUUUUGAUUUUGAAUAAUUUCAAAAUGAUUUAUAUGCUAACUUAUCCAUACCUUGUCUGUUUGUGUGUCACUUUGCUUGCUUAUGUGGUUGGGUUGUUGUUGAUUUUUGUUUAAUAUACAAUAACUCGUCUUUCCAGAAGUGGGAGGAAAGGGUGUUAGAAUAAGAGGAGGACCACAUCGUCUCCAACAAUGACGAACGAAAACGGCAACGCGAAAACAGGGAGUGGUGAGUCGAAGAGUGAAGUCCUAGACCCUGAGCUGAAGAUAGAAGGACCUGAGAGAGUGGAGCUGAAGAAAGAGCUAGGACUUCCCACUGCGUGUGCCCUCAUAAUGAGCGCUAUCAUAGGUUCCGGCAUUUUCAUCUCCCCCAAAGAAGUGUUGCGCAACACUGGGUCAGUGGGCAUGUGUCUGUGUGUGUGGGCCGGGUCUGGAAUCCUAGCCAUAGGAGGUGAGUCAUUUGUUAUCGUUGAUUAGAACCCAACUCUCUCCCAAGAAGAAGAUAAAUAUUAUGCUCUGUUCCAAAGGUUUCAGCCUUCUGCCUCCCUCCUUGUGAGUCAUAAAAGAGUCUGCUUAAUCGUUAGAUUAGACGUGAUUGUCGUUUGCAUUUUGUCCCCCACCCCCUUCUUUGCCUUUUUCUCUUUUAAACGUGGAAUGCAGUAAAAAA